GCCCAGACUCACCCAAACCCAGACACAAACCUAAACCAAACCCCCCGGACCAAAAAUCUCCGAACCCUCACCGGCAACACCCGCGGUGGCCGCCAUGCACGCCUCCGCCCGCUUGCUCCGCCGCCUCUCCUCUUCCUCCUCCGCCCGCUCGCUCCGCCGCCUCCCUCUCCACCCAUCACCCUCGCCGCCUCCACAUCCAUCUCGUCUGCCGCCCCUUCGAACCGUGACCCGCGCCGUCCUUCCCCACCUCGCUGCCCCCCGCUUCUCCACCAUCUCUUGCGCAUCCACACCCUCUCUCCGCCUAGGUGAAUGCGGCGCUCUGGGAACCCCGUCGAUACCGUCGGCGGAGGUAUCCGAGGGAGAGGAGGAGGUGGAGUCUGCGGCGGCGCGGCAUGACACGGACGCGUUCGCGGCGGUGGAGCUCGCGCUGGACUCGGUGGUGAAGGUGUUCACGGUGUCAAGUGGCCCUAACUACUUCCUGCCGUGGCAGAACAAGGCCCAGCGCGAGAGCAUGGGCUCCGGCUUUGUAAUUUCUGGGAAAAGGAUCGUCACAAAUGCUCAUGUGGUAGCUGAUCAUACUUUUGUUCUUGUGAGGAAGCAUGGAUCACCUGCAAAGUACAAGGCGGAAGUUCAGGCUAUUGGUCAUGAGUGUGAUUUGGCUCUUCUUACAGUUGAGAGUGAGGAGUUUUGGGAGGGGAUGAACAGCUUGGAGCUUGGAGACAUUCCAUUUUUGCAGGAAGCUGUUGCCGUGGUUGGCUACCCUCAAGGUGGAGACAAUAUCUCUGUCACCAAGGGGGUUGUUUCUAGAGUGGAACCAACACAGUAUGCCCAUGGUGCGACUCAGCUCAUGGCUAUACAAAUAGAUGCAGCUAUUAAUCCAGGCAAUAGUGGCGGGCCUGCAAUCAUGGGCGAUAAAGUGGCUGGAGUUGCUUUCCAAAAUCUGUCAGGAGCAGAAAACAUUGGGUAUAUUAUACCUGUGCCUGUAAUUAAGCGUUUUAUUUCUGGUGUGGAAGAGAGUGGCAAAUAUUCUGGGUUUUGUUCUCUUGGGAUAUCUUGCCAGGCCACUGAGAACAUCCAAAUAAGAGAGUGCUUUGGUAUGCGGCCUGAAAUGACUGGAGUGUUAGUCAGUAGAAUAAAUCCUCUGUCUGACGCUUACAAAAUUUUGAAGAAAGACGAUAUCCUUCUCGAGUUUGAUGGCGUGCCUAUUGCGAAUGAUGGGACAGUUCCAUUUCGAAAUAGAGAGAGAAUCACCUUUGAUCAUCUUGUGUCUAUGAAGAAGCCUGAAGAAACAGCCGUUAUCAAAGUACUAAGAGAUGGCAAAGAGCAUGAAUUGAAUGUGACACUUAGACCUUUGCAACCUUUGGUUCCUGUACAUCAAUUCGAUAAACUGCCCAGCUACUACAUCUUUGCUGGUUUUGUUUUUAUCCCGCUGACCCAGCCUUAUCUCCAUGAAUUUGGGGAGGACUGGUACAACACUUCGCCACGCCGACUGUGUGAACGGGCACUGAGAGAGCUUCCGAAGAAGGCUGGCCAACAGUUAGUAAUAUUAUCUCAGGUCCUAAUGGAUGAUAUUAAUGUUGGUUAUGAAAGGCUGGCUGAACUCCAGGUAAAGAAGGUGAAUGGUGUUGAGGUUGAGAAUUUGAAGCAUUUGUGCAGUAUCGUGGAGAACUGCACUGAAGAAAACUUGAGAAUUGAUUUGGACGAUGAGCGGAUGAUCGUCCUGAAAUUUCAGAACGCGAGGCUUGCCACGUCUCGGAUCCUCAAGCGGCACAGGAUUCCAUCAGCCAUGUCAAACGACCUUGUCGAUGACCAAGCGAGCAAAGAGACAGAUGAGGUAGGCCAAGGACUGCUGGAGUCACCCAUGAGCCCAUCGGUUUCAGCGGGCUCCAGUUUGGCUGAUUCAGUUUUGACGGAAGGAAGAGGAGGUCUUCAGCAAAUAAGAAGAACCCAAGUUCUUCAGCCUGAGUUGUAACACCAUCAUUCUUUGCUUCCCUCCCAACUAUUUAUCAUUCUUUCUUCCGCCACUGCAUGGGUUUUGGCACCCUUAUGUUAAAUUCAGAUUAUGUAUCAUCACGAAAGCAGAACAUAGGAGAUAUGAGUUUCAAGAACCAAGACACUUCGUUCCAUACUGUACAAGUAAAAAAGUAGAAGAGGGGCCGAGUUUCGAAAAAAAAAACUGUACAAGUUCUGCUGACAUGUUAAUUUUUUGGAUGCUGCGGAUGAAUUUAUAAAAAAAAAAUAUUAGCAGAGAA